GCUCGCCUGCCACCACCAGCCAUCCGGUCGCUCCGUCCACCGAUCCGAUGGCACUGAAAAUUAACUCUUCGUAUUAAUCGCGAUGCCGCAUCCCGACGUGCCUUUCAAAACUCGAUUAUCACAUCAUAUUCAUCCGUCAUCGUCAAGCAAUCAUCAGUGAAAACCGUGCGAAUUACGUUGAAAAAAGGGUUAAACGGAAAGGAAGAGAUCCCAGGAUUCACGUGACAUCUAUGAUGGAAGUCGCCGGUUGACGAGAUCGACCAAACACCGGCCAAUGCGAGCGACUGUAACGUCAGAAGCGGAUUUUUGUGGUUCCAUUGUACUCGGGGAUCCACCGGAGAAGAGAAACUCGACCGACGCAAGUUUUGCCCUCGAAAAAGGACCUGGAGGAAGCAUCGAGUGCAGUUUCUCGUCGUCGAUGACCGCCGAAAGUGAGCUUGGGAGGUCAUGUGGGGUGAAGUCGGCGAUAGAUUGAUGGCCGGAUCGUUCUUUUGUAAAUGAAGUCGCGGGUCGGAAAGGUGGAGAGGGAGGGAUGAUCUGCUCUUGAGAGAACUUCGGCGCGGAGAAGCAGCACGAGGGUGUAUGUAGGGGGUGGAUAUUAUGUUAGGAAAGGUGUUAUAUGCGUUGCUGAAGGUGUUGGUGUUGGCGGGAAGCGUUAUCAGCCUGCUACCGGAAGAUCUCGAGGAGCGAACACCCCCUGGGAGCUUGCAAGAGGAGUGCGCGUCGAGGUGUCCCGACCUUGAUCUCAACCAGAAUCGAACAGAUGACAACAGCUCGGAGGUGGGAUGCGGGGUGCGCUGCAAAAUCGAACAGUGUACCAAGGGAUGCGCCGCGUGGCAACAAGCACUCGAGACCAGUUGUCAGGCCGUAUGCAAUGGGACGCAAGAGCUGCUGUCGCCGAAAGAACUGUACUGCGUCCUGGGGUGUCACGAUGCGUUGAAUCGGUACUUCCAACAAUUAAAAGCGGAAAUCGGGGUACCACCGGCACCAGCACUGGUGGCGGAUUCGCUCACCGCGACGUCGCUGAGACUAGAAUGGAAGGGCAUCGACAUAAAAAAGCAAGGUGGUGGAAUUUCGUACUUGGUUCAAUGGAGGUACGAGGAACUCGUAGAGACCUGGCAGUACUGCAGAAACCAAUCCUGGGGAGAAGACGACCAGAUCUUGGUGGAUAACCUGCAGCCCUACACCAAGUACAGGGUAACUACCUGCCCCCGAUCUUCCCUCGCCUGUAGGAAUUCUGUUUCAUCCUGGCAUCUUUUGGUUUCGCAGUUUCGAGUGGCGGUGCUGUUGAAGUCCUCGCAACACAACCCGGAGCCCAUCGUCUCCGCGGCCAGCGUGGUAAUUCUGACCCUGGCGGCCGGCCUGCCGACAUCAGCACCGGUAAUUGUAAGAGCUGCAGCGGUAGACAGCUGCCGCGUGUCGGUGUCUUGGGAACCGGGUCCGUUCCCGAACGGGCCACUUUUGUCCUAUGUCCUGAGGCUGCAAGGGGCUGACUACUCCCAGCUUAAGGACAUCCCCGCGGCGGAGAACACCGAUCAUUACAUGUUCCAAAACCUGGAGCCGAAUAAAAAUUAUUCCGUCAGUGUGACGAUGAGGAACGGCGUGGGAGAGGGUCCUCCGGCGGUUAUCUACAUAUCCACGACCCCAGAACCUGCUGUGAAGGACAUGCAGCAACCUAUUUUGAUCCUGGGAGGCGAGCACACAGUCACGAAGCAGGGCGCCGACAUGUUGGACGAGCCCAGUUUGGUGUACCAAACGGACAGCCUGAUCCGAGGAGUGGCCAUCCAUGUAGCCUCUGCUCAGCUCUUCGUCUCGGAUGCGCUGGGAUACGUCUAUCGAACGUCGAUCACGAAACCCUCCGAGCCAAUUGUGAUUCUGCAGCCUAGUCAGGCCAAUUUCAAGCCCCUGAGCUUAUCCGUCGAUUGGUUGAAUCUGCACCUUUACGUCCUCGGAGAAGUGAAGCACGCGACCACCGUCUGGCAGAUCGCGAGGUGCAACUUGGAUGGAAGAGGACUGACCGUCGCAAUGGCGGGCUUCUUAACGAGGCCUUCGCACAUCGAAGUGGAUCCUUACAAUGGGUACCUGUUCUGGGUCACUAGGGGAGGACUCUACAGACUAGACCUAGCUGACAUCAGUAAUGGCAUCAAGCACGAGGUGCAACCCUACUUGAUACUAGAAGAUGCCCAUCUGGGAGCGUUCACGGUGGACCACACAAAUUUUCGUCUUUUGGUGCCCCAUCAUACCCAGAACACGGUAAUGUCCGUGUCCUUGGAUGGGCGGGAGGUUCUUGACCUUAGGGCAAACACUCAGCAGCCGAAGUUCAAGAACGUGGUAUCUCUUGCCAUGGCUAAUGGUCUCUUCUAUUGGACGAAUGGAGAGGAAGUGCUAACCGAAGGUUAUCACUCGGGGCAGAACAGAUAUUUCCACAACGCGUAUCCGGACAGAUCCGACGGUUCGUUUGUCAGUAUUAACGUGUUGAUGGAUGCGAGUCAACCCGUUCCUGUGCCAGUGAAUCCGCCAACUGGGGUCCAAGCAGUUCUCGGUGCGGAAAGAGCUAAGGUUUCUUGGCAGGCUCCACAUUUACUCGGUGGUCAGGGUAAAGGAGCUUGGCAGAAUUGGUCCUAUGAGUUAGAAAUAAAGGAUGAAUCGACCGGUGAAAUCAUACGUCAACAUGAGAUUGCGGGGUCGUCGCAUACCGUCCACAAUCUGCGAGAAAGGUCGGAAUAUUCCAUCAAAGCUGCUGCCUAUACGAGCGCGGGUAGAGGUCCUUGGUCCACCGAAUUUCGAGGACGCACGUUGAGAGAUCCCAGGGAUGGCUCGUAUGCGUCCAUUUUGUGGUCAGCUAACGAGGGUUUGCUCAGAAGCGAUGUAACUGGAGAGAAUAUCGACACCCUCAUUCAUAGGGAAAGCUUGAAGGAUUCGGAAAAUGAGUACCAUAUUAUCGACAUUACUUGGUACAAAGACAUACUAUAUUUAGUAGGAAAUAAUUCGGUAUUGUACCGCUACAAUAUUACCAGUCACCAGAAGACGAAGUUCAAUAUUAAUUCCGUCGGAAGUGUCGCCGUGGAUUGGAUAUCCAAGAAGCUCUACUGGGCAAAUCCGAAGCAGCAAAUUAUAACCAGAGCGAACCUGAACGGAUCGCAACAGGAACCGAUGUCGAUUCUAGCUAUAGUGAAAGAACUGAUGAUCGACUCUUUGGAGGCUUAUCUGUAUUGGUCAACCGGCCAUGCAGUCGAAGUAGCUCGACUUAAUGGUCAAGAUAGAAGAUACUACCACUCCGAUGAGAUAUUCAAUGGCAAGCAGGUUAUGGGUUUAACUUUAGACACGGAAAACAGAUACGUGUACUGGAUCGUUAGAAGCUACGAGAGUGGAUCCAUCGUCUAUCGGGCACCAACAUCGGAAAGAAUUCCAAUGAGCCAUAAAAUUUUGCCGGAGAAGGUCUCUGCGCUGCAGCAUCCCAACAUGCAGGGACCAUUAUGUUACUUCUCUGAACACUUGCUAUGGUUGCAAGACGACCAAAAUGCAGUGAUAGGAGACUUAUCCGGCCAAAAUACAGCCGUAAUCAACGGCAUUACCCUGUCGGGACUUCACAUGGUCGCUAUCAUGGAUCCAGCUUUGCAUCAGUAUCCAGAAAAUUUAACGUCAGAAACAAUAGUGGUCCUGCCGGAAGCUGUGAAUCUCGACAGCAUCCGGGUCGAGGGGACUUGGCGGAACUUUAGCGUAUCUUGGGACCCCGUGAAAAAUAUAAACUACGGAACGGUAUUUUACGAGGUCAAAUUCGCAGACUAUAUUAACACGAACUCGAACGCUGAAAUCACGACGGAGACGACGAUGCCGUAUAACAAUUCGGAACAGAUAUUACCUUACUCCGUGUUGGAGGUCACCGUGAAGGCCUUCACUUACUGGGAGACUUCUCAUCACACAAGGAAGAUUCUGCGAUCACCGCAGAGUGUUCCAACCCAGCCCACCAAUGCGAGAGCUUUCGUCGAAUUUCAUAAAGAACCCUUAAGCGAAAGCGCCGAGAUAUUUAUAAUAUUCAGGUGGGACCAACCGGAGUUCACCAAUGGUUUAAUACAAGGAUACAUAGUUCAGUGCUGGUAUAUUAUGGACCACGCCGAGAUACGAAUUUGCGAUAGCGAUAACGUGCCAGCCACUAAAUUAGAGUUCACCGCUCGCGAGUUGUUGCCGAAUAUGACUUAUUACUUUCAAGUGCAAGCCUACACCGAAGUCGGAGCAGGUCCUUAUACCGAUACGAUAGCGGUGUCCACGGAAUACGAGAAUCCAGUUCCUCGAUUGCUGGUCGCCACGUUAGAUGCUGUUAGAGUCACCGAUCUAGACCAGAAAAUCAAUUACACGAUUACCAGACAUAUAGCCGUGGAGGUGACAUACUUGGCGGCGGAGAAUAAAAUCUACUGGAUAAACGAGAUGCAGGAGAUGGUGACAUCCUAUCUAACCGGUGCGAACGUCACGAAAAUCCUCGCUUUAAACAACACUGCGCUUAGUCUGUGCGUGGAUUGGGUCUCGAGGACGUUGUUCUGGACUGAGUCAGGAUACAAAGAAACUAGCGGUAGUCGUAUCAUGAAACUUGAUUUAACUGCGUGGGAGGCGGGACUUCUCAAGUACGAAACUAUAGCUACGAAGAGCAGCCGAAUCGUGAACUUGGACGUAUCACCACAUACCGGGACGAUUUAUUGGAUAGAAUUAACGAAAAGCGACCGGGGAGUGAUAAUGCGAUCUGAUCUAUCUGGAAAGAAUGUUCAGCCAUUUUUUAACCACAACGAGGACUGCUCGUGUCCGUUCAGACCUUCGGUUAGGCCCGUGAUGGCAAUCGACAAUACGGACGCUCAGAGCCCCGUCGUCUAUUGGGUCUCGCUGGAAGGGCACUUAAACAUCGCCGACAUCGAGGGCUGCGUCUGCAAUCUGAUGAUCACCCCGGGAUUCAACAGAGGCCUUCCCCCGACCUCUCUGAGCGUCGACAAAAUAAACGUCUACUGGUCGAACGCGGACACGAAUGAAAUUUACCACGCCAACAAGGUGUAUCCCGACGAUGUGGAGAUAAAAGGGCUUUACCUCUCAAACGCGCGCAGCAUCAGGGCGAUCGGAAAGUCGCUUCAGCCAUAUCCUCUAUCGGACUGCCUGAUACCUCAACAAGUACCCUACAACGUGGAGGAGACCUCAAAGACGGCUACCAGCAUCACCGUGAAGCUUCCCCGACCCGUGGCACAUUUCGGCUGUGAAGAUUACAAUCUGCCUGCGACGUUGUACACCAUCCACGUGUCCCGGUGUCUGGAGAACGACCCCAACAGGUGCGAGAGCAAAGAUGUAAUGUUGAAACUGCAGACCUACGACAGGGAGAUUGAGGUGAAGGACCUGAAGCCCUUCACUAGGUACAGGUUCAAGUUGGCGCUGAGUAAUUAUUACGGCGAUGCGGAGUCCCUGAGUCUUGAGUUUGGUCCUGGUAUCAUUUUGAGAACGGGAGCUGGUGCACCGACCACUCCAGAAAACGUGACCGUCCAAGCACUUACUCCGACUUUAGCAGCGGUCUACUGGAAACCACCCAAAAUCUUGAACGCCGCUGCCGUAAGGUACGAGGUACACUGGAGAACGGUUCGCCUGAUCAACGGGGUAAGACCGAAGGGAGAGCAGUUCGUAAAGCACACGGAAAGGCCGGACGGGACAUUCUCAGAGACGUUGCAGCCCUUAUUACCCGGUCAAGAGUACAUAGUGUACGUGCGCGCAUAUCCGGCUCAUUUUAGCGAUGCCUAUAGCGAGAGUUCAGGCCAGAUCGUCAAGAUGUAUCCGGAACCAAACAAUUUGACGCUCACUGUAGUCAGCGUGAACUCUCUAAACAUUUCUUGGGUACCAACGCCAAACUUGACUAUCGACUACACCCUGGAGUACACUCUUGUCGGCAUGGACAAAUGGCAGGUAGCGGAUGAGCCAAAUAUCGAGAAGGACAAGGUGGAAUACUUCGUUCAGGGUCUCCAACCAAGAGCCUUGUACAAGUUUCGCCUUGUUCUGAGGUAUCCAAACUACAAGCAGGACUAUACGUGGCCCCCUGACGCCAGAUUCACCUUCCAGACCCUUGGCGACGUACCAAGUGCUCCGGGUAUGCCGACGGUAACAAAGCUCCGGAAUUCGGUGUACCAGUUGAAUUGGGAGCCAGCUCAGGCUCAUGGAUCUCAAGUGACCUUGUACCGCCUCGAAGGGAAGUUGGCAGAAGAUCUGGAAAGUCAGAACAACGGCCGCAAUCAGAGCGAUUCGUGGCAUUUAUAUUAUAACGGAACGGACAAUUAUUGGAUCAUCAUGGGGGAGAUGGAUCAAAAGUACAUUUUCCGCGUCAGAGCGAAGAACGCAUACGGUUUCGGGACGUGGAGCAAGCCGAGCAACGUCAUCGACCUGUCUGAAACUUCCGGUGGGAUGUUGGUCGCUCAACAACACCUCGGUCUGGUUUUAGGAUUGAGCGUGCCGGUUGUAACCAUAAUGCUCCUCUGCUUCUGCUACUUCCUUUGCCUGUAUAGACAACGCAAGGAAGACAAAAAAGCCGUCCUGCCCCCGGUCAUGUCCGACGUAGAAUUGGCGACCCUUCGCGAGAUCCCACGGGGGAAUUUCGUGCAAUCGAACGCACUUUACGCGUCCGCAAUCCAGAACGACAGCGACGAUUUGGCCCUGCCCAAGAUACGAAGGGAACAAAUUACGUUAGCCAAGUUCUUAGGCAGCGGAGCGUUCGGAGAGGUAUUUCAAGGAAACGCAAAGGACCUGGAAGGGCCUGGAGUAACUCCGGUGGCCAUAAAGACCCUCAGGAAGGGUGCAUCGGCGCAGGAGAAGACGGAAUUCCUGCAAGAGGCUCGACUAAUGAGUCACUUCCGACAUAAGCAUGUACUAAGACUUCUCGGUGUCUGUCUGGACACCGACCCCCCGCUGUUGGUGCUAGAGCUGAUGGAAGCCGGAGACUUACUGAGUUACCUGAGAGCCAGUCGCUCCCUGCUCAUUACGGAUUCGCGGGCGCUCAGACUUCAGGAUCUGCUGGCAAUGUGCGAGGACGUGGCCAGGGGAUGUCGUUACCUCGAAGAGCUCCACUUCGUGCAUCGCGACUUGGCCUGCAGGAACUGCUUGGUCUCAACCAGGGAUCGGGAGAACCGCGUCGUCAAGAUCGGCGACUUCGGACUCGCUAGGGAUAUUUAUAAAAAUGAUUAUUACCGAAAGGAAGGUGAAGGACUGUUGCCAGUCCGCUGGAUGGCCCCGGAGUCCCUCGUGGACGGGGUGUUCACGUCGCAGAGCGACGUUUGGGCCUUCGGGGUCCUGAUGUGGGAGAUCACGUCGUUGGGCCAGCAGCCAUAUCCGGCCAGGACGAACCUAGAGGUCCUGCACCAUGUGCGAGCUGGAGGUAGGCUUCCCAAGCCCUUGAAUUGUCCACCGGCGCUUCAUCAGCUGAUGCUGCGCUGCUGGAGCUCCGCGGAUGCCAGGCCCAGCUUUAAGGUCUGCUUGGAGCAGAUCGUGGCUCUUCGUGGCAACACCGAGGAUGCCAUCUUGAACCCCGUCCACGCGGGCCAGUACCUGGCCAGAAGAGGCGUGUCUAACAUGGCUUACUUUGCUGACGAGAAUCAAAAUCAUAACAACUCAGGCAAUUCGUGGAAGUCGAGUAGUUCCGAGCGAAGUCGCGAUAUGCAGCCCUUCCUUCAGGAUUCGCAAAAUACCGUGAGCUUUCACUCCUCGGGCGAAGCGCCCAAGUAUUUAGAGUUGUUAACCGACAGCGGAGAAUUUGUACCGAGGGAGGUUCUUACGGGAGAUUACGAGAUACCACGGUCGAUUUGCAUCUCAGAUAAAAACGGGUGCUCGAAGGUGGAGCAAAGGGAAGAGACGAGCUGCCAGAAAACGGAGGCGCAGGAGGAGGACCGUGAUAAGGGGAACCGGAAGACGUGCCACAAAAGAGCGUCGGUCUCCAGCCUGAAUCUGCCGGAGCGUACCAGGGCUUCCAUUACGAGUAUCGGCGAAAAGUGUAACACCCUGGACAGUUUGAAGUUAAUCAAUGGUUCCGCCGUAAAGUCUCCGCUGAAGAGGGACUCUUUGACGUCCUUGAGCGAGCGGCACAGAUGCAAAAGGGACACCAUCGACGAGAUUGGCUGCGGAUCCAGCUUGGAAGGCAGGAGUUGUAGUUCGCUCGGCUCUUCCGCGAGCUUGGCCCCCCAAACUAAAUCUGGAUCUUUGAUAAUUAACUCCCAAACUGCUGUGCUGCUCAGAAACAAUAAUUCGAGCGUCAACGGCAUUGCGGGCGACAGCCCGGGGAACAAUAAUUUGUCAAAGCUGCAGAGGACCCACUCCACCCUGCAGAAUGGCAAGGCGAACAUCCCUCUAGUGAUCAACAGUGCACUCCUGAACCUAUUGAGGCAAACCCCUGGAGUUGAUGAUAGCUGCGACGCUGUCACAUACACAAAUAUCAAUUCCGAGGCCGUCAGGGUAAACGCGUCCUAGAGGGUCCUUCGGGAAAGGUUCAUAUCUUGGCCAAGGCCAAGGCCAAUCUUCCUCUAGGUGGUCUGUAUUUGUCCAGCUCGAUCAAACUCGCAAGACGUCUUGUCUGAAUCACUACUGGCUGGAGGCAUUCUGGGAAACGUGGAUGAACUAAAAAGAAAUCAACGGAUAGGCAAAAGUUAACAAAACGUAGAGCGUAACGUUUAGGAAAAAAAUAUGGUAGGGUAGUAAAAGUUUUGAAAACGCGGGUGUCGAUCCAUCCUGCGCUUUUUAGAGACCGGAGCUCGGAUUCGUCGACUCGGUUCCUUGGGAAUUUCAUUGGUCUGGUCCCCGUGGAUAUCAACAUGGAUGGACAUAAAUGGAGAAUCACAAUGCGAUCGAUUACGCAGCGGUUACGGAGCUAUCUACUGCCACACUAUGUACAUUUAUAAAGUCAUUUUUAUUCACCGCCAAAUAUCCUACGAGGCGCAUUUUUAAUAAUGUAUUUAUUGAAUCGAAGUCUACCAGACAGAGUUUCCAACUACUCAUUGUACAAAUGUCAUAUCGAAAGCUCGACAAUAAGUAGGAAAUAAGUUCUUGUUAAGUUUUUGCGCAAUGAAUGAUAUAUAAAGUUGAUCUUGAAGUAAUUUUACCAUGACAUGGAGAUUUAAAGAAUGGGAUUCUUAUAGUAUGUAAUCGAAAUAGUGCAAAACAAGUGGAUGAGACGUUGAUAUGCAAGAGUCAUGAUAAACGAAUCUCGUUGCUUUAGUUUUAAGAUAUUGUAAAUAAUGUUUUGGCGACGCGCCAUCCACGUGUCUUAAAUCUUACCUACGAAUUAGAAAUAUUUCUUUCGCGGUAUAAAGUAUUAUAACUAUCGAACGAAUGGUUCGAAUGAAAACAAUGUCCAAUAAUUUAUUCUCAUCAUGUCAUCAAUUGGUCAUUCUGGUCGAACGUUAUUGGAAAUAAUUCUACGUGUUUUGCGGUUUAUAAUCGAGGACUCAUUGAUCAAUUGCGAGCUAUUUCGAAAAGUCGUAGGUAGUACGGUCUUCCCAUUGAUAACCACUUCCAAUUUCAAGUAUACCACAUGCACAUAUCUAUUGUUCCUAGAGAAUAAAUAUAUUUGUUAGUCUACACAAAGUCGAUUUAGAAAUCGAAUACUAUUUUUGUAUAUAUUUUUCUCCGAUUUAAGAUAACGUAUGAUUAGUCCUAAUUUAAAUCAAUGCAUUUCGAGACUUUUGUACUUUCGGUCUGCAGGAAAUACGGAAAUAAUUCAAUUACAUAUCGCGAGAAAGCUCGUGUCUAGAAAUCGAUCGACAAUCGUUAGCAUUUACGUCGGUACAUGUAGAACAUGAUGACUGUAAAAAAACAAAAUAAAUCAAGAGCGCAUAUCUCACUUUAUUUA